AUGAGCUCAAAGCGACCGUUCGAAGACUUGAGUGAUAGCGACACUAGCAAUACCGGCCGCGUCGAUGAUGAGUCUGCCAAUGGUCCGGUUGCAAAGCGUUUAAGGAGCCGUAACAAACCCGUGGUGGCUCAGAAGCCAAAGUCGACUGCUCGCCCGAAGCCAAGAAAGACUCGAAAGCCUGCUCACAAUCCCGAAUGGCAGGCCCAACAGGACGCGUUUCAAUCGUCGUAUCAGGCCUCCAUCGUUUCGUUUCGAGCGCGUCAACGACGAUAUCUCAGUACGCAUCGUGACCUGUUCAUAUCACUUUUGCCGCCAGAAAGGCGCAAACACUUUGAGAAGCACAUUGAAGACCGACCUACCAACGGUGUUACCCUAGCUGACCGAGAGCCAAUCCCUAACGAAGUAUCGCCUUGGAAGCGCGUUCCCCAACCGGAAUCAAUCAAGGGCGAGUUGAAAUCUUAUCAAAUCACCGGCCUUAGCUUUCUGGUUUAUCUCCACUCAAACGGAAUGAACGGCAUCUUGGGCGAUGAGAUGGGACUCGGAAAGACUCUGCAGACCCUCGCUUUAUUGGCUCAUCUAAAAGAAGGAUCUGCUGAGAGCUCUCAGUUCCCACAUCUAAUUAUCUGUCCUUUGUCGGUCCUUUCAUCUUGGGGCAAUGAAAUCAAGCGUUGGACCAAUCUCUCAUUCAUCAACUUCCAUGGCACUCACGCUCGCAGGAAGACUCUCAAAGCUAGUUUGAUCGGACUUGGUGUUCAAACCCCGGGUGAAGGCUCACCAGAACUGGUCGUGGCUUCUUAUGAAUCAUAUCAAGCCGAGGAAUCCUGGUUCAAGCACCGUUCCUGGGGCUACGUGAUUUUGGAUGAAGGCCACCGGAUCAAAAAUCACGAAACCCUGAUGUCUCAAUCCUUACAGACUAUCAGGUCGACCCACCGUUUGAUUUUGACCGGAACACCGGUACAGAAUAACCUAAUCGAAUUAUGGUGCUUAUUCCAUUGGCUUUUACCCGAAGUUUUCCCUGAACACACGCGUGCAAGGUUCAAGACGGCUUUCGACUUAACCGCUGGUAGUUACGACUCGCAAAUGCUAAAAUCAAGUCACGCGCUAUUGAAACUGCUCAUGCUCAGGCGUACCAAGGACAGCGUCAAAGGCGAAUUAUCUGUUCCAGCCCGGGAGGAGAUUGACUUAUACAUUCCUAUGUCCAGUUGUCAAAGAUUCUGGACCAAGCGAUUGAUCAUGCGUUGUGAUACCAGCGCCUUAAAGGAUAUCUUUAACGGACCCUCAAUCAAAACGGAAAAUAAUGAGAAUCUAGCCGAUAGGACCGAUGCGGCAUUGAAGACAGAAGGAAUCCUCCCCCCUGGAACGACUUUGUCAACUUUUCAACCGGCUGCUAAGCUCUCUCAGCAAAUCCAGUAUGCUUUGGAAAGUGAGGAAGGCAGUACGAAUUCUCAAUCUUAUAGAAAAUUAAUGAAUCUUUUGAUGCAAUUGAGAAAAGUUUGCAAUCAUCCGUAUCUGAUGCCUAAUUCGGAACCCGAGCCCUUCCAAAUUGCCGAACAUGUUGUCAACGCAUCCUCGAAGCUCGUCAUGCUUGACAAGAUGUUAAAAUCUGAAUUGCCCAAGGGGAAACGGUUCUUGAUAUUCUCCGGAUUUACCUCUAUGCUCGACAUUUUGGAGGACUUUAUGAACUUGCGUAGUAUAAAUUACCUCAGAUUGGAUGGUUCAACUCCUGUCGCGCGACGGAACCUGGCUAUUCGGAUUUUCCAACAAUCCAAGACAACGGAUACCGUCAGAUCACAUGGAUCUUCUUCCCCACGAGUCGUUCCCAUAUUCUUGAUUUCUACUAAAGCGGGUGGCUUGGGUAUCAACCUCACUGCUGCAGACACGGUCGUCCUCUACGACUCCUCUUGGAACCCUCAAGUCGAUAUCCAAGCAAUAGCCCGAGCUCAUCGAAUCGGGCAGACCGAGAAAGUUACUGUCUACCGCUUAAUUUGUGCAGAAUCAGUCGAGCAGCAGAUGAUCGGCCGUUUACGUAAAAAGCUUUAUCUUUCGUUGAAGAUCUUGGACUCCAAGGGGACUAACUCUGAUAACACAUUGGGAACUAGCGAUGAAACAAUUGAUGAGGAAACCACCAUGAAAACUUCGAUGUCUACUUCCGAACUUUGUGCAAUACUGCGUGGCGGUGCUAGCUCCUUGCACAAGCAUUGGGGACAAGCAAGCGAUUCAGACGAAACACUUAAAGUUGAUGAUGAUGAGCGCACUGGAUAUACCGAAUUCUUGAAUGCCUCCUUCGAUGAAAUCUUGAAUAAAGCCAAGGAAUUCGCCAAGAUCGAGCAAACGAAACUUCAAAUAGAAGUCGGCGGUUGUGAACCAUCCCAUUCCGAUGAAGAAAUCGUCAAGAAGAUUGAAGAAGAAGAGCUAGGUCUCUUGCGGGGCGCUGAAGUAGUCCGCUGUCGGCUAUUCGAAGGCAAGAAAUACACGGCAAGCAACAAAGACAUACUCCAUGAAUGGGACAACCUGCAAUCCAAGCGAGCCUCCAAAGCGACAAUCACAAUCAUCGAUGGACACGCGGUCCAAGCCGAGUCGGUUAACAACGCCCGAUGGCAAGCAGUCAAGACGCUCACGAGUGAUCCAGUCAUACUCGCAAAACUGCAAGAUCAAAAGCGGAAAAAGAAGGUCUUUGAACAUGAGGAAACGUGUAUGUGUUGCCAUGACCCCGGAAAUCUAUACCUGUGCGCACAAUGUCCCCGAGUUGCCCAUUCCAAGUGCAUGGGCUACACACCACCUGCGAACCUGAACUUUAUCUGCAGUCAACACAAAUGUGUGGGCUGCCAGCGAGGUGCCGCCGAAGCAGGCGGUAUGCUAUACAGAUGUCAGACUUGUCCGGAUGCGUACUGUGAAGACUGCCUCGCUCUUGAUAACUUCUAUUCGAUGGGCGACACUCUCCCCGAAUUCAUGAUGCUUGGCUAUGGACCAGUCUCACAGGCUCAUUACAUUCGAUGCAUUGAAUGUCUGAACCAUUUUGAAGCGAAUCCGGAAACCAAGGCGAUCUGGGAGGCCGAAGAAGAACGCCUCAAGGAACAACUGGCUUUGAAAAAUGAUCUUCCAUCAAUUAGUGUUAUCAAUGAAUUCUGA